AUGAAGAAAACAGUAAAAAUUGUUGUUGAUGUAUCCAUGUAUCCAUCUGUCGAAUUAUUAAGUGAACCUCGAGUAAUUGAUCAUAUCUCGAAACAAGUAUAUGAUAUUCUAGAGAAAAAAAGACAAAAGGCACGUGAUAGUGCAAUAAUCAAAGCUUGUAAAAAUGCUGUCUCUCUUCUUCUAUCGAAGAAAAAAGGAAUUCCACCAACAAUCUUAUCCGUUUAUUUGCCAAUGAAUAUUAUUGAGUCAUCUGAUGAUACAGUUGUACCUAGUGUUUCAUCCGAUGAAGACAUAUUGGAAACAGGUGUUGGUGAAGAUGAUGAUAGUAUUAAUAGCGAUCAACUUUCAUCAUUUAAUUCACAAGGUUCACAUAUUUCUUUUUUUUUAUGUAACAAUGUAAUGACAGUAAAUACAACUUUCGAAUAUCUUUUUGAUUAUUUUAAACAUUCUCUAUCAAUUAAUAAUAAACCGAUGAAUCUUGAAAAGAUCCUAACGGAUGUAUGUAGUUAUGCUUUUCUUGAACUUAAUUGUUCUGUGAACAUUCGCAUGUUAAAAAAUGAAAUAAGCCGUCAAAUCAGUCAGAUAGUGCAAUCAGCACGUAUACGUGCUGCCGGUAAAAGUGUUAUCGGAGUUCUACGUACAAAAAAUAUUUUCUCAUUUAUUUUCAAAUCUAUCAAUUCUCUGAAUCGACUUGAACCAUCGAUGGGAUUUAUAAGAUAUAAAAAUGAUGAUUAUUUAAGUCCAAGUCUUUUUAUUCGAGAAAAUAAUGAUGAAACUGCUAUUUUUCAAUUUUAUCCAUUUCCAAAUAUAGUUGAGAUAACCAUUAACGAGACAUUAGUGAGAAAGGCAUUAUCUUCGUUUGAUAUAGUACGAGCAUUAGAUAUUAAUGAAAUUUCUAGUCUUGUUUCACAAUGUGUUGCAACAUAUGAUUUAAAAUUAAAUUUACCAAUUUUUGAAGAAAUUCUUAAAACAAAAAUAUUGCUUGAACGUAGUACGUUAAAUUCUAGUUAUUUUUUAACUAUGUCUGUAAAACUUGCAGAAAAAGAAGAUCAAAUUGAUAAAGUUAAUGAACAAAGUCAAAUAGAUGAUUCUCAUUCCUUCUGUGAAGAAGAAAUAGAUGCUAUUAUUGGUCGAACAUACAGCACCCGGGGUGUUAAACGCUCGUAUGAAGAAGAUCCUAUUUGUGUUGAACCCACUAAAAACAUACAGAGAAGAAAUAAAAUAAUAAAAGAUCAAAGAGAUUUAUUGCAUCUAAAGGAUACCUAUCAUCUAACGGAUAGUGCUUUUAAUGCUAUUUUUAAGUAUAUUCAAAAUAAAAGAAAACUCUGUUCAUUAAAAUAAAUCGAACGAUUAAGAAGAAAUACAAACUCCAAAUUUCCUAUUGCAUACACUAAGACAAGUGCCUAUGUUAAAUUUGAAUAUGCAGUAAGAACUGCUAUUUUCGUUGCUCAAAAAUAUGAGCUAAAGCUCAAUCAGGUUGAGAAACUUAAUAUUCGCUUUAAUAUGGACGGUACACUCAUCGGAAAUAAGCACAUAGUCGCCAUAUCCAUAAAUUGCAUUGAAGGUGGUCGUCAAUGCCAAACGUCGACACAUCUUGUUCCUUUAGCUCUUUUUGAAGUACAAAAGGAGAACACUGAAUUAUUACGCAAAACUCUGCCUGUAGAAUUUAUUGCUGAUAUAAAAUCAGUAAAACAUAUUUCUGUAGGAGAAAAAAAUAUAGAAAUUCAUAUUCGAUUAGGAGGGGAUUUGAUGAAUGCCGUGUACGUGUUUGGACUUAGGGGCUUCAGUUCUAAUUAUCCCUGCGUCUUUUGCACGCAACAUAAAGAUGACUUACACAUAAUUGCAGAGACUGCUUAUGAUAAAAUAACUACUGAGGGAAAGGGUAAAAACAAGAAAACAAUUAAAGUUCAUAUUGGUUCCACUUCUUAUCAUGAUUUCACAAAACGAGCACGAUCCCUUACCGAGCAAGAACUUUGUUUAGCUAAAAAGAAUAAUGAUUUAGGAUAUAAAUGCGAACCUCUUUUUGGUGAUCUUUUUGAUUAUCAGGAUUAUUGCGUGGACACGCUACACAUGAAGUUACGAAUCUUUGAUGUUAUUUUAAAAGACAUAUUGUCUUAUGCUUCUCGGACUGGUAAAUACGGAGGCGAGCAUUCAACAAUUAUUGGAAAAAAAAUUGAAAUUCUUAAUCAGCAUUGUAAGAGAACUAUCGGAAAUCGUUUUUUCUUUCAAGUAGAAAUAGAUGAUAAAAAUAAAAUUAUUGCUUCACAUGGAAAGCUUUCCGGUCAUCUUCAAGAUCUGUUUUUUGUUGAUAGCUUUCCUUACAAAGAAAUUCUAGGUGAUGAAAUUGCAAAAUCUGCUCGAAGUGUUGUGAAUAAGUUUAAAGAACUUCUUAAUGAAGUUAAGCAUAAUUCUGUAAAACGAAAGGGUCAUCUAAAACGUCUAUGUCUAGAAUUUGUAAAAGAAUUUCGUCAAAGUGGUCUUCGUACAACUGUUACUCCGUAUAUCCAUAUAAUUGGAAAUCAUUUAUUCGAAUUCGAUGAAUUCAAUGACCUUGGAGAUUACAAUAUGCAAGGAGU